CCCGGCACAACUGUCGUACGAGCAACAUGCAGUCCUGUGCACAAGUUACUGCCAAAGUUUGGCUCGGAGUUUAACAUAUACCUUUCUAUCCGUCUAACAUUUAACUUUUAAGGAAAAGUGAUUUUGCUUCUGAUGAAGUAGGCUUAAGUGAACAAUGAUCCAUUAGUAGUGAUUGGAAAUUAAAAAAUUCAAUUGGAUGUUGACAGAAAAAAUUCUUUAAAAAUGAAACUUUGGAUCCUACUCUCAAUUUUCAUGUUGGUCCAGGCAGACCUUCUGGACCUUUAUGUACAACACAUGGACGAAACCAUGGGAACAAAUUCUGUACAAAAGAAUUACCGGAAAAGAAUGCCCUUGAGAUUUCGAAAUAAGAGAAGUCCUAAAGUUAAUACUCCAAUUGAACAUUCGAAGAAGCAACAAAUUAACGUUGAUGAUGGUUGGUGGGAUAAUAAAACACCAAAGAAACAAAGUAAAAAGCCGAUUCUUACCUCAGAUGGUUUAAACUUUCCAAAUAUGAAUGAACAAAAUUAUAAUCCUCUGCAUCAUGAAUAUAUUAAGGAUAAUAAAGCCUUAGAAUUUGUUGAAGGAUUUGAUAUUUCAUAUAAAAAUAGAAAUGAAGAGGUAAGAGCUGAAAGAUUGAUUGAAAAUGAGUCGGAGGAAGUGGUCACAAAAGAACCACUGAAAUUAAAAGCCAAAAAAUACUAUGAUAAUAUGAAAGCAACCAGGAAGUCAAUGAAACAAGGUGAAAGUGAAACAGAUCAUUUCAAGUUUAAGAGAAGUGUGAAAGAAGUUAAUUUUACUCGACAUGAAAUGCUUGAUGACAAUGGACUAGUUUUUUUCGAAUGGGAUCCAUCAGAUGAUGACAUUGUUACGUUUAGAGUAACAGCAAGGACAUUAGGAUACAUUGGAAUUGGUUUUAAUGACAAAGUCCACAUGAGAGGAGCAGAUAUUCUUCUUGGUUGGGUUGAUGAUCAUUCUGGUACAGUAAAUCUAUUGGAUUCACACGGUGAUGAAGAAACGAACGCAUCACCAAUCACAGAUUUAUCUCAAGAUGUGGAUAUACUAGAGGGCUUUCAGAAUAACACCCACACAUCCAUAACGUUCUCGCGGAGAUGGCAGACCUGCGACCCAGACGAUCGUCAUUUAACCGAAGACAAUGUGAGGGUCCUUUGGGCCAUGCACGAGGCAGACCCCGAACUAAAUACACCGAUUUGGCAUGGAGAAAAAAGAGGAGGCAGAGCAUUAAGACUGCGAGCUCCUGCUCCCGUUCCUUCACCACCACGAUCACCUGACAUUCGACAUUGGGAUGUAAAACUCAAUCAGUUUACAGUUGAUGAUAAACAGGAAACUAUCUAUUGGUGCAAAAUAUUUACUGCUCCAGCUUUAGAAAAAAAACAUCACAUGAUUGGAUAUGAACCGCUGGUAGAAAAAGGUAAUGAAGGUCUCGUACAUCAUAUGAUCCUGUACGAGUGUACAUCAACAUCACAACAACUUGGACAAUAUUCCAGGGUAGUUGGAGGUCCAUGCCACAGUAGUACAACUCCUCCAGAAUGGGACUCAUGUAUUCAACCUGUUGUCGCUUGGGCGCGAGGCAGUAAAGGCGAAUGGCUACCAGAUCACGUGGGUAUUCCCGUAGCUGAACAUAAGGAAGGAUCUUAUUACAUGCUAGAGGUUCACUACAAUAAUCCUAGUAAGAGAACAGCUAUUGAUAGUAGUGGAGUAAGACUUCAUUUAACUCCUAUUUUGAGACCCCAAGAAGCUGGUAUUUUUGUCACUGGAGUCGCCGUCAGUCCUCUACACUUUAUUCCACCAGAACAGAAACAAUAUGCUACUGCUGGUUAUUGUAAUACUCAGUGUACUGAGAAACUGUUUCCUGAAGACGGAGUCAAUGUCGUUUCCGUUGUCCUCCACUCACACAUGGCAGGUCGAAGAAUGAGUUUGAAACAUAUACGUGAGGGUAAUGAACUGCCUCACAUUGUCAAGGAGAAUCACUUUGACUUCAAUUACCAGCAAUCUCACAGUGUAAAAGAGGAAGUAAAAAUCCUACCAGGAGAUGAAUUAAUUACUGAAUGCGUUUAUGGAACUCAAGAUCGUAAAAAACCUACUCUAGGGGGAUACUCUGCCAUGCAAGAAAUGUGUCUUGCAUUUGUCGUCUACUAUCCUCGAACUGAAUUAGCCUCCUGCUAUAGUAUAACUCCAGCUAAAGAUCUAUUUAAAACAUUAGGGGUUCAUAAUUUCAAGGGAGUUACUCUAGAUAACUUGGAGAGAAUGUUUUCAUCAACUGGAACCGAUGCUGUUUCUUCACCUACAACAGCUACCAGAUCAAAUGAAGGCAUUUACAAAGAAGUGAUCAAAGGAGCCGAGACGGCUGUGAAAGCAAUGAAAGAAUACUCUGAUGAACGGAAUGAAGACAACGUGUUUACAAGAUUAGUAAUAGAAAAUCCACCAGAGUUUAGAGGAAGAACACUAGCUGAUCAUUUGUUAGCAUUACCUUGGGCAGAAGAUCUUUUAACAAGACAAAUAGAAAAUAGUCUUUAUCAUGGAAAACACACAUUAUUUUGUAUAAAGAGAAACGAUCAACUAGCAUUACCUAUAGAUACUAAAUUACUCCCAAAUUUUACUAAGUUACCGGAAAAAAAUGAAACAGUUUGUCGCGAACGAAUGAUAAGGUCUUCAUCAGUAAUGUUAAUACCUAAUUUAUUCAUUUUGUGUUUUAUCAUUGCUAUUAAUUUACUUAAUUGCUGAUAAAAUAAUAUUUAUUAUUAAUAAUAUCUGUAGAUAUUCAAAGAAAAACUUUCAGAGCAAAUUUCGCUCUUUUGUAUAUUUUUUUAAAAAUUUUAUUUCAAUUGGCCAAGUUUAUUUAUUAAAAUACUUUGUACUAUUUUUUUACUGUUUAUAAUUUCUAUUUUACUUUAGGAUUAUAAUUAUUGAUGUUA